UUUGCAGUUGGGUGUAAUUUGCGAUGACUGUACUUUAACACUGCAGUAAAAUCAGACUAAAUGAGCUCAGAGGAGGAGCCAGAAUAUCAGACACCGCCCACCUGCGAUCUGCUCGGCCUUCUGCUGCGGAACAGACGGCCCACUGGUGCUGUCAACGAGGUUUGGCCCGGCCUCUACAUCGGAAACACGGCUACAGCUAAAGAUAAAUCCCUGUUAGAGGAUCUGGGAAUAACACAUGUGGUGAACGCUGCGCAUGGCCCACAGCACAUUGACACCGGGCCACAUUUCUACAAAGACACCAACAUCGUGUAUCACGGAGUAGAAGCAGCAGACUGUAAAGACUUUGACUUGAGCCCAUUCUUCACCGAGACAGCUGAUUUCAUUCACACAGCUCUGAGUCAGAAAGGUAAGGUGCUUGUUCACUGUGCGCGAGGAAUCAGCCGUUCGGCGACUCUUGUCCUGUCCUACCUCAUGAUCACACAGAACCUCACCGUUGUAGCAGCUGUGAAAACUGUCCGACAGCACAGAAACAUCCUCCCCAAUGUUGGGUUUCUGAAGCAACUCUGUCAGCUGGACUCAACCCUGUGCCAGCAGAGGAGAGAAGAGUUGAGAUGA